UCCUGUUGACCAUGGGCUGCUGAUACAGUUUCUUCAUUGCAGUUUAUACUAAUAACUCACAGUGCUGCAGAACUCUGCUUACUCUUCUGGACUUGACACAGUUUCAAAAUCUUCUAUGGAAGAAAUUAUGAUUAAAAAUCAAGAGUCCUUAAGCAAUGACAGCAUUUAUUGUGAACAAGAUUCUAAGUACAAACAACAUGUAUAUAGUGCUGUUUACAUUGUUGUGUUUUUUAUCGGGGUUCUGUUUAAUGGAGCAGCACUAUAUGUCUUCUGCGUGGUCAAUAAAAAAAGAGGACCAUCAACAUUAUGCUUGAUGAAUCUCGCAGCUGCCGACCUCUUCUUCAUAAUAUUUCUCCCCUUGAGAAUAACAUACUUUCAAAUGGAUGCAACAUGGAUCUUUGGAGACAUCAUGUGCCGUGUCACAACUUACUCUUUUUAUUUCAGCAUGUACACCAGCAUCUUCUUCCUAGCCUGUCUCAGCCUUUUCAGAUAUUACUCUGUUACAUCUUACAAAGUAAUCAAUGUGAAAAGGGUCUCGAAGAUAUGUGUGAUCAUUUGGCUCUUCACAGGAAUUAGCACAACACCUUUCCUGUUCACUGGCUCCCACGUCCGCAAAAAUGUAACACGGUGCUUUGAGCCCUCAGGCUUGUCUGCUUGGACCAAGAUAAUGUACAUGAACUAUUAUGCUCUGAUUGUUGGAUUCAUCAUUCCAUUUUUGACCAUUUUAGUAUUUAAUGGAUUACUUAUCAGGUAUAUAUUACUGAUACCUAUGGAGAAAAAACACGUUCGAAGACAAGUCACAAUGAUUGUAUUGGUCUUAAUAGUUUGCUGUGUUUGCUUUUUACCCUACCACAUUCAGAGGACAGUACAUUUACACUAUUUGGUUCAUCACCCCGAUAUCUGUAGCUUGCACGAUGUUCUAGAACGCACUGUUGUGGCCACUCUUAGUUUAGCUAUACUGAACAGCUGUCUUGAUCCUCUAUUGUAUGUUUUUGUAGGCCAUGGUUUUAAAACAUGGCUACUUUUAUUAUGUAAAACUAAAGGUAGUUUAAAUGUGAGACCUUUGUCAACUGAAUCUGGUGAUGUAAACAAUGUGUUGGUGGAAGAAGUACAGAUGGAGGAAACUUUAGUAAGAAAGACAUAGCACAUUUUUGACCAUGCCCAUGUGAUUCUGCUCCAUGUUGUUUGCUGUGAUGAGUAGUGGUUAAGCAUGUAUUCAUUUUAACAAAGGGACAUAAAUCACUUUUAAACAACUGUCUCAUUUAAAACUUUCCGUUUUAAUUAGACCGUUGCCUCAUUCCGCAGGCUGAAAAAUGCAGGUAUA